AUGGAAAUAAUUGCAGAGAAACCCAAAGUGAAAUUUAAUUUCGUGUCUGAGGACUACAAAAACUGUGACAGUUCUGAUUACUCAGAGUGUGCGGAUGACUAUGGCAGACCAAAUGGAAAGGACUAUUUUUAUGCUAAUAGAAUUUUGUCUUUGGACAGAAACAGUGAACAGAGAAGGAAAGAAUCCCCCAGUAAGCGACCAGGGUUAUGUGUAGAUGAAAUUUGCACGUGCGGCUUUCACAGAUGUCCCAAAAUAGUAAAACCAUUACCAUUCGAUGGGGAAAGCAAUUAUCGAAUCGAGUUUGGUCCAAAGCCGCUGCCGGAACUACCGCCUAGGCAAGAAGCUAAGUUGACAAGGUCACUGCCAUUCGAAGGGGAGAGCAACUAUAGAAGUGAGUUUGGACCUAAGCCUCUACCGGAGCUUCCCCCACGGGUAGAACAGAAGCCUCUCAAAUCGUUGCCAUUCGAGGGAGAAAGCAACUACCGGAGCGAGUUUGGGCCCAAAGCGCUGCCGGAACUACCUCCAAGAGUUGAACAGAAGCCUCCCAAAUCGUUCCAUUCGAGGGAGAAAGCAACUAUAGGAGCGAGUUUGGACCUAAGCCUCUACCUGAGCUUCCCCCACGCGUUGAACAGAAGCCACCAAAAUCGCUUCCUUUCGAAGGGGAGAGCAACUAUCGAAGCGAGUUUGGACCUAAACAGCUUCCGGAACUACCGCCUAGACAGGAAGCCAAGGGAAAGUAGCUACAGAAGUGAGUACGUACGGAAGGCUAUUCCUAUCUGCCCGGUUAAUCUGUUGCCCAAAUAUCCAGCCCCGACUUAUCCGUCUGAGCAUGUGUUUUGGGACUCCACGUGCAAAAGGUGGUAUUAG